GUAUCUGGGUUUCAAUUUCUUUGCAUCGAUGCAACACGAUGAGGAGAGUCGUCAGAAGCGUGUCUAACGAUGACGACGACGAGUACAACGGUUCAGAUAUGCAAAUGUCGGAUUCGGGCUCUGACGCGGAAAUGGAGGUCGAUGAGGUGAAUCGGAAGCUCCAAGAAGAAAACGAUGACAAUGAAGGGGAGGAUGAGAAACUAGAGCCUGAGGACGAGGAUGAAGAACCUGAACCCGAACAAGAGGAUGCUCCAGAGUCUGAGGAGGCUUCUCCUCCUCCAUCUCCACCCAAGCAGCCCCGUCUUAAGAUCAAACUCAAGCUACCGAGCGCGCCCAGCACUGAAGAUGCUGGAUCGCGUGGGCGUUCUGGUGAUAUCGACGUAGAAUCAGAAGAUGAAGAUGACGAAGGGGAGGCGGUGGGCUCUACGCGCCCGAUGACUUCCCGUCAGGCGGUUCUCGCGAGUGUUGUUGGCUCUUCGCAUGUAUCUCUAUCCACUGGUGAAUCCUCUCGAAAGAAGAAACAACUCACAGAGAGCGAGCUUGCACUUCGACGCGAAGAAACGGCACGAAAACGUCGUAAUCUCACUGAGAAAAAGCUCGAGGACGAAAAGGCAGAGACUAUCAACCGCCUCCUCAAAAAGCAGUCCAAGUCAAAGGCCAAGCGCAGUGCGCUCUCCACCGCAGAGGCCAGUGCAUCCGAAGGUGAGCGUGAGGUCGAGCAAGAGGAAAAGGAGGUCAUCCUACCGACCACUUGGCGGUGGGUGUCCAGCACACGACCUCUGCCACGGGAGGAUAUUGCUCAGGGCAAGAUGCGCCUCACAUUAGGCGUGCCUAUCUCUGUCCUUUCCAGCACUUUGCUGGCACCACAGCCACCUCUACCAAAAGAGAAACCACAGUGUGACGUCCCUGGAUGCACUCAAACACGAAAAUACCGCCUAGUACGCGAUUGGGUCCGCGGGGCAUGUGGUCUGACGCAUCUAAAGGUUCUAGAGGUGGAGGCGGGUACGAAGAUGGAGAUUGCGUGAUCAGGAGUUUCACGGCACUUUGAGAGGUGUAGAUCGUCGUCAUUUGCAACUUGUUCUCGCAGUUACUUGUUAAGCGCGUUGGCAUUUCACAACGGUAGUUGUGUCCUAAUGGAGAUUAUUCCCUGGCCUGGAAGUCUUCAGAAGUCCUGUUGAUCGGAUAGAUUAUUGCCUUGCUUGAUAAGGUUUCUGAUCCCGAAGGCGUGUUGGGAGCAGAAUUAUUUGUGGGCAAUUGUGCCGGCAUAACUGGCAGCAAAAGUUUUAAAGUACUAAACGG